UCGGGUCACGGGCAAGGACCAAGGGCGACGCCAGACCCGGGCUGGAGCCUCGGCCUUAUGCCAGUGUUUCGGGGGCUGGGGGCAGCUUUCGAUCCGAGCGCUGCCGGGGACAGGUCGGAAGUGCUAAAUUCCUGGCAGGACGCCCAGGUUCGCGCUGGACGGAGAGGGUCCGGCCUGGGGCGGCGAAAGUUGGGCCAGAUGGCUCCUGGGGUCUUCGAGGCCAUGAACACCUACUGGGUGACUAGGUGAAGGGAAAGUCGCAUCCACAAGUUGUAAGACCAGUUGUAAAAUGCUCCGGGUCGAUGGAGCUCGUGGGGAGACAGGACCCCUGGACGUCAUUAGUUGUGUGGUCAGAGCACGUACGAAAAAUGUGGCUAACAUCUGGCGGCAUGGACUGCAGAGUGAACGAGUAGUGCAAACAGCAGCUCAUCAAGCAGUUGACAAAGAUCCCGAGCAGAUCCAUGAGAUCCAGUCUAACAUGGGCCGCCUGGAAACAGCAGACAAGCAGUCUGUGCACUUAGUGGAAAAUGAAAUCCAAGCAACUAUAGACCAGAUAUUCAGCCAUCUAGAACGUUUGGAGAUUUUGUCCAGCAAGGAGCCCCCUAACAAAAGACAGAAUGCAAAACUUCGUGUCGAGCAGCUAAAGUAUGAUAUCCAGCACCUACAGACAGCUCUCAGAAACUUCCAGCACCGGCGAUACACAAGAGAGCAGCAGGAGAGACAGCGAGAGGAGCUCCUGUCUCGAACCUUCACCACCAACGACUCUGACACCACCAUUCCAAUGGAUGAAUCACUACAGUUUAACUCCUCCCUCCAGAAAAUCCACCACGGCAUGGAUGACCUCAUUGGAGGCGGACACAAUAUUCUGGAGGGGCUAAGGGCUCAGAGACUGACUUUGAAGGGGACUCAAAAGAAGAUCCUUGACAUUGCUAAUAUGCUGGGCUUGUCUAACACAGUGAUGAGGCUCAUUGAGAAACGGGCUUUCCAGGACAAGUACUUCAUGAUCGGCGGGAUGCUGCUCACCUGUGUGAUCAUGUUCCUCGUAGUGCAGUACCUGACAUGAGCCAGCCAGGUCCAGCUGCUUAACAGCAUUCCCUCUGUAUGAGAGUGUGUGUGUGAGUGAAUGUAUAUGAAAGAGGGGGCCCAGAGGCUGUCUUUUGAAAUGUAUGCCUGUCCUAACUGUAAAAACCACUCAGAAGCAACUGUAAUCAGGAGCCUACUAGGAAUCUCAUACCUCUUGUUUUCUAUGACAUCUUGGAGGAGAAGCUAGUACCACCAAGACGAACAGUGCUUAGGACAUGAAAAAGGUUCCUGUUUUCUCUCCCUUUCACUGGAAAAUGAAGUACUGUGAGGGAGAAAGGGAAGGGAAAAGCAACUUCACUGGUUUUGUCCACGGAACUGGUGCACAUCUGCAGAAGGCCUCCAGAUUAGUCUUAUAUUCAGUGCCGUCCACACUUUGUUAUCAACCUUUCUGACUCUUAAUGGAGAGGCUAAUGUGAGCUAAGAGAAGUGGUAGAAAGAGAGACAUUGUCGUUCAGUACCCAGGAUGAUAGAAAUAGCCAUCUCCCCUCCCUUCUGCCAAAAUGACACUCUAGGACUUGUCAUCUUUCCCUGGAAAAGCAGUGAGCUAUCUGGACGGAAGCAAAGACUGUCGCUGACAAUGAGUAAGAUUUUGUACAUUACAGUUAUUGGAUGUUUCUCCUUUUAAAAGUUAGGCCAGUUUACUCUGAAUGUUUGAUCUUGAAACUAAAAACCCUAGCCAUUUUUUUUGUUUUGUUGUUGCUUUUUUUCCUCCUCCUUUCUCCUUCCUCCUCUUCCUCCUCCUCCUCCAUUGACUGGUGAGGUUUUAACAUUCGAAGACUACAGUCUGGCACCCAUGCUCAGGCUUUGGUCUUUUCCCCUUGGAAAAUAUCUGUGAACAUAGGUUAGUGGUUUGCCAUUUCUAACAUCAUCUCUAGUUUUAGCAUUUCAAACUCUUUGCUCCCUUUCUUUCCUUAACAUAUAUUAGCAGCUGCCAGCCGAGCCCUGUUCAUUAAGGCAGUGUGAGCAGAUACUACCCUCAAGACAUUCCUGCUGUGUGCUUGUGAGACUGUUUUCAGGAAGCAGGACUGUUUCCUUCUUGAGAUCACCAACCAUAUUAAGGCUGUCCCAAUAACUGGUAUAUGGUGGAAUUGAUUAUAAGGCCAGUCUGGCUGAAAACAGGAUAAAGACCUGGGUAGUACAUACAUGCAUACACAUAUUCUCUCUCUCUCUCUUGCCCUAUUAUUAAACCUAGACUCAGUCACCUCAUGGCAAAACAUGAAAUAACACAAUUUUUUUCAGAACUGAAAGCUUGGUCAGUAUUAAACCCCCAUUUUUGUGGUUUUCUUACCUCAGCUUAUACUGUCUUUCUUUCUGUCUUUUGUUUUCAUUUGAACUACAUCUGACUUGUUAAAAACUACUUCUGUUCUUUCCCGUCCCAUCUCUGUGGGUUCCAUUUUCCACCUCUUCUAUUUGCUUCCCACCUGUUUCUGUAGCAGUCUUGGUAUUUCCAGGAACAUCUGUAAUAUAGCUCCUCUCUGGGUGGAUGUUUGCCACUGAUUUUUUUUUUUUUUUUACAUAACUUUUCUAGGUACUCAUUUCACACUUUUGGUGGGAUUUCCAUUGCUCUUAUCUCACUGGACUAAACAGGCCUUUGGUUUCCAAGAAAGAGAAAAAUCUAUGAUCCCUUCAUAAAAGGAUUGAGCGUCAUUUGGGAGCAAAACUGGCAGCCUGAAGGGUGGACAAAGGGAUUGAGGCAUCUCAAAAAUCUAGAUCUAACUGGGAAAGUAGUUUGAAAUUUCCUUUACACCAGAACCCUUACCAUCCCAGGAACCUAGUGCAAGGCACUUAGCAAUCCAUACAAUGAUGCCUCCCCCCCCCCCCACCCCCAACACACACACAAAUUCUCUUAACUGGGUGCCUAAGGGUCUUUUAGACAUCACCCUGUGUGUGGAUUAAGGUGUGCAAGGAGCAUCCAAGUCAUCUGAUCUUGAACAACACAUUACAAGCAGAGGCAGACACUCUACUACCCUCCCUAGGCUGCUGUGAUAACGAUUUGUAGUGUAUGCCUGUGACUUUUAACACUAGCCCUCUCAUAGUGACUGUUGGCUUCGAACCAGAAGUUCAUUCUUCCAUACUGCUCUUUCAAUGUUUUCUCCACUUCAUAAUAAAAAUUGCGGAAGCAACUUGUGGGUCUUUACCACUGAGAGAGACCAGUGCUUACAGUGUCUGGAGGUGUUGGGACACAGUCUUUAGACUGCCUUCCCUCUUGCAAGCUUUCAGUGUCCCUAGAGAAAAACAACUUGACUGAAACUAGGUACUACUGUCUCCACAUCCUUAAAAUGUAGGGAAAGGUCCCAGCCCAGUGAAGAAGUACCCUGUAGUGAGUGUCUUCAUUAGAAGACAAUCUCUGUGGCAUGAUACAGGAGGUUGGUGAGCCUCCUGUAUUCUGGCUUAAGAAGAGUAUGACUUCAGAUAACUUCAGAGCAUCUUCAAGAAUUUGGGAAUAUCAUCCUUCCUUGGAAGUUUACUCCAGGUGUGACCACUUUAAGAAAAGCCAGAGGGCAGGGGUAGGUAGCAUAAUAUUUAUGCAAAGAGACUCUCAUGCCUGAGGCUCUGAAGUCCCAGGUUCAAUCCCCCACACCACCGUAAACCAGAGCUUGAGCAGUAAAAACUAAUAAAUUAAAAAGAAAGAAAGAAAAAAAGAAAGAAAAGCCAGAAAGAACUCACAGACCAAGUAAUUGAAGAGUAUUGAUUUUAUAAAAGGGUUCACUGUUGGUCCCCCCCAACUCCUGUUGUAAUGAAUUAUAAUUUGAAAGUUGGAUUUAUCCUUACUGUUUAUUUGAAGGACAUCAGUUGAAUGAAUAAAAUUGAAAUUUGUUUUGUUUAGAAAACUA